AUGGAACCAGUAGAUACUCAUAUACUAAAUAUUAAUAGUAAUAGUGGAGAUACAUCACUUGAUGGUAUACCAGAUGGAAAUGAUGCAUUUAGGAUAAAUUUUGAUGAUUUGGAAUUUGGUGAAGAGAUUGGAAAGGGUGCAUAUGGAAAAAUAUUCAAAGGGGAAUAUUUUGGAACACCCGUUGGGAUUAAAGAGAUUGCAUUGUCGCCAAAUAGUGAUAAAUUCAAGGACCUUUUAAAGUUUAUAAAGAGAGAGGUUGCCAUGUUACGAUUUUCUCAUCCCAAUUUAUUAACUCCAAUUGGUGUAGCUGAAAGGGGUCAAAAUGUAUAUAUAGUAAAUGAAUUUGUUUCAGGGGGAGAUUUAGCAUAUUAUUUAUUUAAAACAAAAUAUGAUGAUCCAGUUUCAUCAUUUAUUCAUAAAAAGGUUAAUAUUGGAAGUAGUAGUAUACCAGAACCAGACAUUACAAGCGAAAAAUUGAUUGAAAUGAGUUGGCCACUUCGAGUAAAGAUUGCAUACGAUGUUGCAUGUGCCAUGACUUAUUUACAUUCUCGUAAUGUCAUUCAUCGUGAUUUAAAGAGUUCCAACCUUUUGGUUGGCGAAUGUUGGAAAAUCAAAGUUUGUGACAUGGGUUUUGCUAGAUCAACCAAUUCUGCUCAACGUAGUAUUCGUGGUAAUCAUAGAUUAACUAUUUGUGGUACAAAUAAUUGGAUGUCACCAGAAGUAAUAUUAGGACAACCAUAUGAUAAUAAAUGUGAUGUAUUUUCAUUUGGAAUUGUAUUGUCAGAGAUUAUAACAAGAUUAGAGACAUCGGCACAAUUGAGACCGAUAUCUUUAAAGUAUGGAUUGGAUGUGGAUGUGUUGUUACCAAAGGUACCCAAGGAUUGUCCGGCACCACUGCUCAAGCUGGCACUCGACUGUGUCGAAUUUGAGCCUUCACUACGUCCAACAUUCAAAGAGAUUACCGAGCGUCUCAAGAGUCUGCUCAACCGAAAACUGCUGCUUCCGUCGGCACUCCCCCCUCUUCGAGUGUUGGCGCCAUCACCUGCACCCUCUCCGUUGCCCUCGCCGCGUACGCGAGGUGCCAAUAACCCCAACGACGACCUCGAGAGCGAUCUCGACUCUGACGACGAAACCGAAGACGACAGCUUGGAUGAGUUGUCGUCGCUCUCGUCACUCUCGCGUUCGUCAUCCUCAUCCUCUUUCUCUGCCACGCAAAAACACCCUACCUACCACCGACCGCAAAAGAUGGGUUAUAUCAUCAAGCACAUCAAUAUUGGUUUUGAUGAUCACGCCUCUGGCGGCGGCGGCGGUAGUGUCCACCUCCUUUCACAGUCUCCAACCAGAGGACUUUCCCCGAUAUCAGCCUUUUCACCACCGCCACCCAAUAGUAUUAGCAGUAGCAAUAGUACCUCUAGUAACAGUAUUUUAAGAUCGCCACCACCACCACCCACAAUCUCCAACACUUUGAAUCAAAUCAAUGCUGGACAAAUCAAUAAGCCCAAACCACAUUGUAACUCUCCUCUCAGAGGAAAUACUACCGAACAACAAGAGUUAUUACCACUUCCCAGUCGCAAACAAAUCGAAUCAAACGACGUCGAACAGGGCAUUUUUGAUCAAUUGGAUCAACUUUCCAAAAGUUUACAACAAUCUAUUUGGACACCAGUCACCUUGUCACCUUCAAAUUCACCAACCAAAUCAACUUCAAAUGUACAUAUAAAUGAUAAUGUUGUAUAUUCAAAUUUAACGAGAGCUGUUCAUAGUUAA